CAAGAAUUCACAAUCAAAGUACAAUCAGAAGACCCAAAAAAGAAGGAAAAGCCAGAGAGCGACAAACCCGACUUCGAAGGCUCCUCGAAACUCUUGAAAGAUGGCAAGAAGGAUGCCAAAGAAGGGGAGGAGGGUGAAGAACUCUCGGAAGAGGACCAACAGCUGAAAGAUCAGCUGGAAAUGCUCCUCUGCAACUUCUCUGAAGCUAACACCGAACUGUAUCGGCCUGCCCUUGAAACUCUACGGACGCUCAUAAGAACAUCAACAUCCUCUAUGACCUCAGUUCCCAAACCACUUAAAUUUUUACGACCUCAUUAUCCUGACCUUCAAGUACUCUAUGAGUCCUGGCAGCCCUCCGAAGACAAGAGUCUUUUCGCGGAUAUUUUGUCCGUUCUCGCCAUGACUUACUCCGAUACUCAACCCCGAGGAACUCUACGCUACCGACUACUAUCUGCAUCUCUUCGCCCAUCCGAUUCACCUUUAGCGGACCCAGGUACUUGGGGUCAUGAAUACGUCCGCCAUCUCGCCGCAGAAUUGGGGGAGGAAUACACUGUUCGAAGUUCCACCACCAGGACGACAGAAGAUCUCCAUGCUCUGGCGAAGCAAUGCGCUACUUUCCUUCUAGGGCAUAAUGCUGAGCCAGAUGCCGUCGAUCUGUUGGAGGAGAUGGAAAUCGUCAACGAAAUCGCUACCUUGGUUGACGAGAACACUUAUAGUCGAGUGUGCCAAUACAUGGUGCGAUGUGUCAACCUCUUACCACCCCCAGACGACAUUUCAUUCUUACGCACUGCUCACACAAUAUACGUGCAACACCACAAAUUUCCCGAAGCCCUCGAGCUUGCUAUCCGCCUGGGCGAUCCAGACCUCGUUCGAGAAGACUUCAACGCUCCUGGAAAUCCACUGAUGAAACGGCAACUGGCGUUCAUUCUCGCACGGGCUCAAAUACCUCUGGAAUGGCUACACCCGCCCUCGUCAGACCUUCCUGAAGACCUUCUCGAUUGCCUCGGCAACACACGACUCAGCGCUGCUUUCCGCGAAUUUGGGAAAGAACUUGGUGUAGCUGAUGCCAAAAGCCUGGAAGACGUCUACAAGUCGCAUCUGGAAAACACAAGGCCUGGAGCUACGGCUAACGUGGACUCUGCGCGCGGGAACUUGGCCGGAACAUUUGUGAACGCUUUCGUGAAUGCUGGGUUUGGCAACGAUAAGUUGAUGGUUGAGGCCGAGGAGGGGAACAGCUGGAUUUACAAAAACAAGGAUCACGGCAUGAUGAGUGCAGCCGCUUCGCUCGGGUUGAGUUUGCUUUGGGACACCGAUGUUGGUCUCAGUCACGUCGACAAAUACACCUACUCUGCAGAGGAACACAUCAAGGCUGGUGCCCUGCUCGCUACAGGAAUAUUGAAUACUGGUGUAAGGACUGAAGCCGACGCCGCACUCGCACUCCUUGCAGAACACACGGAGAACAAGUCAGUGCCCUUGAAGACAAGCGCCAUCAUGGGUCUUGGUUUGGCAUAUGCCGGCUCACAUCGGUCAGACGUAUUGGAUUGCCUUCUCCCUCACGUCACAGACGAGAACGUGACGAUGGAGAUCGCCAGUCUUGCUUCAUUAGCCCUUGGGUUUGUUUUCGUUGGAAGCGAGAAUGGUGAGAUCACGGCGGCUAUCCUCCAGGUCUUGAUGGAGAAAUUUGACCGAAACGACAACUCCCUCAAUGAGAAAUGGGUGAGGUUUAUGGCUCUUGGAUUGGGUUUGGUAUACCUUGGCCUUCAAGACGCGUCGGAUGCGACGAUCGAAACCCUCAAAGCCAUUGACCAUCCCAUCUCAAAAACGGCUCAGAUUCUCGUUGAGGCCUGUUCUUUUGCUGGAACGGGAAAUGUGCUCAAGAUUCAAGGGAUGCUCCAUCAAUGCGAUGAGCAUAUUGAUACUAGUGAAAAGAAGGACGAAAGUAAAGAGGGCGAGAAGAAGGAUGAGGAGCCAAAAGAGAAGCGUGACGAUACAUUCCAAUCUUUCGCUGUUAUUGCCAUCGCCCUCAUUGCCAUGGGCGAGGAUAUCGGCGCGGAGAUGUCAUUGCGCCAAUUCAACCAUCUUAUGCACUAUGGCGAGCCCACCAUCCGGAAAUCCAUCCCCCUCGCAAUCGGUCUCGUCAGCGCAUCAAAUCCUCAACUACCGAUUCUCGACACCCUCUCAAAAUACAGUCACGAUAACGACCUGGCGGUCGCUCUCAACGCCAUCUUCGCCAUGGGUCUCGUUGGUGCUGGUACAAAUAACGCUCGAUUGGCGCAGAUGCUCAGGCAACUCGCUGGGUACUACCAGAAAGAGGCUGACUGCUUGUUCAUGGUUCGCAUCGCACAGGGAUUGGUCCAUAUGGGCAAGGGAACCAUCGGACUGAACCCCUUCUUCUCUGACCGGAGUAUCAUGAGCCGGCCAGCUGUCGCCGGCCUUUUGGCAACACUGACGGCGUUUACAGAUGCCAAAUCAUUUAUUCUUGACAAGUACCACUGGAUGCUCUAUUUCUUGGUCACCGCGAUGUACCCGCGGUUCUUGAUCACAUUGGACGAGGAGCUGAAUAACCUUCCCGUUACUGUCCGAGUGGGACAGGCAAUCGAUGUCGUUGGACAAGCUGGAAAGCCCAGAACGAUUUCAGGAUUCCAAACACAUCAAACACCAGUAAGGCUGGGGACAACUGAGCGUGCAGAGUUGGCGACAGAAGAAUACAUCCCCUUCAGUCAUGUUCUGGAAGGCUUUGUUAUCCUGCAGAAAAACCCUGGCUGGGAGAAGGAGGACAAGAUGGAGCUGUAGCUAGGAUGCUUGUAGACAUUUGUUGGGGCCGUGUUUAGAACUAAUGAUUUGAACAAACAACAUAAUUUGC